AUGAGGUCCCGAGCCUGGGGAUACAGGAAAACAGAACAGAGGGGAGCUGCUGGACGCCACAAGGCAGAGGGGCUGCCAGGGGCCAUCCUUGGACUCAGGCCAGCUAUUUUGGGGAAGUGGGGAGAGAACCUUAUUUUUCUCAACUGGAGAUUCCAGCACCCUACAAGGGAUCUCUUCUGCCUUGUUAUCGUGGGGUUUGAGUCCUUGGCUGUCCAGAUGAAUCCGCUCAACUGCAGUACUGUGACGAGUGACUUCUCCCAGAAGGUCACCAUUCUGUACCUGUCCAUCAUCCUGGUCUUGGGGACUGUCCUCAACGCCCUGGCCCUGUGGGUGUUCUGGUGCCGGAUGAGGAGGUGGACGGAGACGCGGGUGUACAUGGCCAACCUGGCCAUGGCAGACUGCUGCUUGCUCCUGAGCAUCCCCAUGGUCUUGUACACGACAGUCAGGGACCACUCGGAGGACUUGCUCUGCACAGUGUCCCAGAGCAUUUACCUCAUCAAUGGUUACAUGAGCAUGUACGUCAUCACCGCCAUCGCUGUGGAUCGCUUCGCUGCCAUCCAGUAUCCUCUGCGGGCCAGGAUGUGGCGCUCCCCCCGGCAGGCUGCUGGGACCUGUGCUCUCCUCUGGCUGCUGGUCAUCUGCCUGGUUUCUCUACCUGCUGUCUGGAAGCGAGAUGGCCAGAACUUCUGCUUCGGGAAUAGCCAGACUCGGGGCUCCUCGGUCAUCGUUUUCUCCUUGCUCCUGUUCGUCAUCCCUCUUGUGGUCCUUGUUUUCUGUUCCGUGCGGAUCCUCCAGAAUCUGGUCAGGAAAAAGGCACAGGCGCAAGCCCAGGACAGGAGGCUGAUCCACAAAGCCCUCUGCGUGGUUUCAGCUAAUCUGGUCAUCUUCCUGGUCUGCUUCCUCCCCCAGCAUGUGGCUCUAUUGGCCAAGCUCAUGACUGAGUAUGUGGAGCCCCCCUGCUCUGUGGUUCAGCACGUGGUCAUUUCUGUCAGGGUGGCCUCCCGCCUUGCCAAUGCCAACUGCUGCUUGGACGCCUUAGGCUAUUACUUUGUGGCCCAGGAGUUCCAGGAAGAAGUAGGGGUGUUCUUAGGCAUGCCCAAGUUCCUCCAGAGUCAGACUCGAGGCAGCCCAGGCACUGACCUCCCAGGCAUCCCUAAGGGAGGAAAAGUGGAGGCAGCCUCAGAGAGUUCCCCAGCAUUGCGUUCCAGUUAAGGGCACACGAGGAAAUUUUCAGAAUUUGGCAUAAAAGGACUAUCUCUGCUUACCACCCGAUUCCCUAAGGGCAGGGCCCUCAAGAUAGAACCCAGCUCAUUGAGGCCAGGCCCUCCCUUCACGGGGUCCCCUCAGCCAGUGGUGACAUCUUAGAGGCUUGUCCAGGAUGUGAGGGGUGGCGUUCCCACCCCCUUAGUGCUUAAUCCCUUUUGGGGAGCUGUACACACAUUUGGGACUCAUCUUAGGUUGUUCCACUUCUUUCUGAACUAGGUUGCUUGUUCUAGUGUGGGGUGAACUCAGACACCCUUUUUGGAAUAGCCCAUGUCUAGUGGAAAGAGUCUGGCCCUGGGAGCAGGAGAAAGCUAGGUUUGGCUCUUCCUCCGACACUUCCUAGCUGUGCGGCAUUGGGCAAAUUACUUCCCUUUUUGAGGCCACAGCUUGCUCAUCAGGAAAACAGGAGGGCUGGACUUAAGAAUCUCCGAGGUCCUUCCCAGCUCUGGUGCUCCAGAAUUCUGAGAGAUUCUGUGACAGAAUGCUUUGCUCUCCCCAGGGUCUAUUUUAAAUAUAGCCUGGAGAGUAAUGUGGAAUCCAAAUGAACAGGGCUGUGAGCUACCAUGGACAGAGCCUUGAGUUUAGGCUGUUUUAUCUGUGUGACAUUCAGCAAACCACCUGACUCCUCUGGGAUUAGGUUUCCUGAUCUGUACAAGGAGAAGGGUUUGGACCAGAUGACCACUAAAUCUAUUAUUCUAUGAAGUGUUGAUGGCUGGAUCAGUCUUUACUGGCAAAGCAGGAGUCUUGGGUGGGGGCAGGGAGAGAAGAGAGAGGGGAAAUCCUCUGUUCCUCUUCUGAGAAUCACUGUGAAUUGGGAAAGUUUAUCUAAUUGGCCUGGCCAAGACAUUGGGAAUUAUGUAAUAAUAUGGACAAUCCGAACUGAGAUUUCCGCAAAGCAUUACAGACAUCCCCUUGUCUGAUCCUCACAGUGGCCCUGGGGAGGAGGUGCUAUCAUUAUCCUCAUUUUACAGAUGAAGAAGCUGAGGUCCAUGGAGGUCUAGUGACUUGCCCAGGGCCAUACAUCUAGGAAGUGUCAAAGGCAGGCGCCAAACGCAGGUCGGUUAAGUAAGCCUAACUGAGAUGCCGAGUGUCUGAGGGCGCGCUCGAGCUGGUCUGUUCUGUCUGAAUGGGAGAUUCCUCCAGCAGACCCCUAUGAAGGCAUAAGACAACUCAGGUCCAGGGGAGAAACCUCUCCGCUGGGCCUCUGAAGCACACAAGGAUAGAAACAGGGAUUAGAACUAGGAUUUGUCACUGGUAUCGAGAACUUCCAGGUGAGAAAGCUCCCUCCACCAACGCAGGUCAGACUUUUCUUCACCUUACAGUCUCCGACGGAUGCCUGGCCAAGAAGCUGGUGAGUGACUUGCCCAGUCAGUACAUGUCAGAGGCAGCCUAAAAUUUCCUCAGUGGAUCCCAGUAAAAUGUAGGGUGUUCCAAAUGGCAGUCUGAAUUCAGCCCAUGCUAGAACAAGCAGCCUCGUUGGGGCUCCCAAAAAGAGACUAAGCAAGUACUUGGUUGGUAUUAGAAAUACACCUGCACAUCCUGGACAAGCCUCCAGGUUAUCACCAAUAGCCCGGGGGAAACCAUCAAGAGAGGGGUGGGCUCAUAUGGACUGGACUGCAUCCUGUCCUUAGACGGUCAGCUUCUCUCUUUGCCUCUACCCUGCCUGGAUCCCUCUAGGGAGAUCUCUAAAAACUGAUCUUCUGGAUAGCUCAUGUCUAAAGUCUACCCAAAAUGAGGAUAAGAAACUCCCUUCUAGAAAAGGGACUUGGUGUACAAUGUGGGCAUCAUGCAUAGAACAGCUGUUUGUUUCCUGUACCACAAAAACUGUAUAAGAUGCAAAGGACUCACAAGGGUGAAUAAAUACAGGAAACAUAUAACAUUAUGCCCAGAAACUCAAUCUUCUUGAGAUUCCUGAAUCAAUAUUUUGCAUUUAUCUUAGACCUAUACUGUCUGAAGUUUAGGCUGUCUUAGCUGUAUGACGUGCAGCAAUUCCCUUGACUUCUUUAGGCCUCAGUUUACUCAUCUGUAAAAGGAGAAUGGAUUGGUUUAGAUAACCUACGAAGUCCUCUUUUUUAAAAAAAAUUAUUUUUUAUUUUUUAUUUUUAGGCAAUU